AUGGCGGACGCGGCGGACGCAGCCAGCACCAGCGCGCCGGCAGUCACGGCCGAGUCGAUAAAGGCAACGCUGGUAUCCAAGCUGGGCGCGCAACACGUCGAGAUCGAGGACCUAUCCGGCGGCUGCGGCCAGGCAUUCCAGGCGGUCAUCGUGUCGGCGCAGUUCGAGAAGAAGACCAUGCUCGCGCGCCACCGGCUGGUGAAUUCGGCGCUCAAGGCCGAAAUCGCCGCGAUCCACGCGUGGACGCCGAAAUGCUAUACGCCCGAACAGUGGGCGGGGCUCAACCAAUAG